CGACGUGUCGCUGUCAAACGUGACAUGGUGCACGGGGUGUAAAUAGGAAACGGAGAGCUGCAAGGCACCUAGCUCGUCCCUGCGGCGUGCUCUGCCCUGCGGUGCUCCUCACGUUAUGGGACCUCUCUGCGUGUGCAUGAAACGUCCGUCUUCUAGCAACAAGGCUGUGAGAUCCAAGAUGGUUGAGGUAAGACCGCAGGCAAAAUCUGCCUCUGGUCCCACAAAGAAGCCCUCAGAUGACUUUUCUGCUAAGGAACAACAAUACAAACUCUUAAAUGCAGAGCUGGAAGCCAAAACAGCAGACCUAGUAAGACAGGCAGAACAACUUAUGAGACAACAGAGUGAAGUUCUAUCAAAACCCUUGUCCAACCUCAUUCUAACAAACAUUGAGGAUGAAGACGAGUUAAGGAAAAUAAAGCCUCAUCGGAGCGCGAUGCUGGAGCCUGGUGAUAAGGUUGUGGUCAAAAAAAGAGUUACAUCAACACCCCACAACAUGUGUACAGGAAAACAAAGAAAAGAGCCUCAAUGCAAAACAGCAACACCAACGACAUCUCAUGUGGCGGAUUUAACAGCAGAGGAAGACGCAGAUGAUUGUUUCCUGGCAAAGACAAUAAGGAGCAUGGAGGAGAAGAUGAACGAUAGCAUUGUGGUUCAUGAAGAUGUUGUGGACUAUGAGAACAAUGCUGGAGACGAUGUUGCAUCUGGCGUUUCAGAUGCUCAAAUACGAGUUCUGAAAGCAAAACUGCGGAUCAUGCAAGAAGAACUGGAUCAACUCUCAUGUGAAUAUUACAAGAAGGAUGAUGAAAACGCUAAACUUAGUGCAAAAAUGAAAGAACUUGAGGAUGAACGUGCCAGACUGCAGAAAACUACAAACAUCCAGCAGACACAGAUUGAAAAGCACCGAGCUUUAGCAGAGGAGUCCGACAAAAAAUGUGACGGUUUGCAACUACAAGUGUCUGCAUUAGAUAAGGAAAUAGAAAAUCUGACUAGAUCCCACAAACAAGCAGCGUCCGUCCACGGCACUGUGGAGGUUCGUCUGAACAGAGCUUUGGAAGAGGUGGAGAGGUUGAAGACUCAGCUCAACAAGAUGAAACAGAUGAACAAGGACAAGAUAAGCGAAGAACAUCACAGUAAAGAACAUCUACUUGCUGAAAACAAAAUGCUGAAAAAACAGAAAACAGAACUUGUUGUGGGUUUCAAGAAACAGCAGAAGCUGAUUGACAUUCUCAAAAGACAAAAGAUGCAUUUUGAAGCUGCCAAGCUGUUGUCGUUCACAGAGGACGAGUUCAUGAAAGCUCUAGACUGGGGGAAGACUUUGGGUUCCAAUUGAAUUUAGCCUGAGCAAUGUUUCUCUUAAUUGUUGUCACUUUAG